CUCUCUCAUUUCUAGUCUCUUUAUAAAGCCUCUUUUCUUUCUUUUAUUACUAGCUAGCUAUUUGUCUUCUUUCUCCAUUUCUCAUUCUUCUUGUUCUCAAGAAGUUGUGAAUUUGGAGGAAGAAGGAAAAAAUAUUAUUAAUGGCAAGUCAUGACUUGUUGCCUUUCUUGACAAUGGUGAUUGUGCAGUUAGGUUAUGCGGGCAUGAAUAUUAUUUCAAAACUUGCCAUGGAUUCAGGGAUGAACCCUUUUGUUCAUGUGGCUUACAGGCAAAUAUUUGCCACCAUUUCUAUUGCACCCUUCGCUUAUUUCUUGGAAAGGAAAACAAGGCCAAAGUUGACUCCCUCUAUCUUUUUCCAGAUCUUCUUGUGCUCUAUUUUUGGGGUAAGUAUGAACCAGAUCACAUACUUCGUUGGCCUCAAGAAUACCACUCCAACUAUUGCUUGUGCUUUGUCAAAUCUAACCCCAGCAGUCACUUUCCUUCUAGCUAUCCCUUUUGGACUUGAAAGAGUGGGACUUGGGACAAAAGCAGGGCAAGCAAAGAUGCUAGGAACCAUAUUAUGUGUAGGAGGUGCUAUGUUAUUGUCAUUUUACCACGGAUCUGUAGUUCCAAUUGAUCAACCAAACAUCCACUGGAAAUAUGCACAAGACAUGACAGAAAACAAAAGCAGUACCAACCAUGGAAAUUUCAUGUUAGGACCUUUUCUCCUCAUAGUUAGUGCUAUUUCUUGGGGAGUUUGGUCCAUCCUUCAGGCAAGAGUAAGCAUGGAUUAUGCAGCUCCCUAUUCUAGUUCAGCAUUGAUGUGUCUAAUGGCCAGUUUUCAGUGUUUGAUCAUUGGCUUUUGCUUUGAUCAUAAUCUAUCUGAUUGGUCCUUGAGCCAUAGCAUCAGAGCUGUCUCUGCUAUUUAUGCGGGAGUGGUGUGUACUGCAUUAGCAUACUGUCUAAUGUCAUGGUGUAUAGAAAGAAAGGGUCCUUUGUAUGUUUCUGUAUUCAAUCCCUUAUUGCUAGUGAUUGUGGCCAUUCUCAGCUGGGCUUUGCUUCAAGAGAAAAUCUACAUCGGAACGGUCGUAGGGUCAGUUUUGAUAGUUUUGGGACUGUAUGGAGUACUUUGGGGGAAAAAUAACGAGAUGAAGCCAAUUAAGUUUGACGAAGAAAUUGGUGGAGAGAUAAAUGGUGAUAAAGAGAAGGAGAAAAAGGACAUGACAAUGCAGUUAUAUGAAGGGAAUAGUAUCGUUGUUCAUGCUACUAAAUGAUGGAAAGAAAAAAAACAGAAGCAAGGCAAAAUGCAUGGCCUCGUAAAUUUUCCUUAUCAAGUAGUUGCAGAAGGAUAGUAUUUAGCUGACCAAGCAUAAAAACUUUUCUGUACCAUUACAUCUAUCAGUACCAUUGCUUUCUCAUUGCAAAAUUAGAUAGAUAA